UUAUCCCAAAAAUGAACAAUGCGGCAUCGUCACUCUCAGUGUGGCGACUCAACCGGAGCUUCAGCUCCGGCUUCCAGCUUUGGCCAUGGCGAUUCCAUCCUCUGCGCCUCCGGUGAACCCACGAGACGUCGCCGGUCGGCGAUGCUUCCGGCGCUUCCUCGAGCGUCCUUGUCUAAAGGAAGGUCGCGGCGUCGCAUCGUUUCCGGGCAUCCCUCGGACAAGGAGACUAAGAGAGAGACACGAGGUCCGAGGCCAGUUUCUUACCUACUAAAAGAUAAAAAGAGGAAAGGCGGGGAGGAGACAUGGGGAAGAGACCCCGACAAAAUGGAUGAGCAGGACAGAGCUGCAAGCAACGGCAUUAGUUACUCCUGGACCUCAUUCUGAUUGAUCAUUGACUUAUGCUAUAUGCAGCAUAUUGGGGCCUCAGCAACUUUCUUGUAACUGUCAGUAACUUAAAGUCUUCUCUGAGCACAUUGAUUAUAUAUGUACAUCUAUAUGUACGUGUAUACAUAUAUACAUAGACAUAUAUUUUUUUCUUUUC